AGCGGUUAAUUUUUUACCUUCUGUAAAUACACCAUUUUCAACCCCUAAAGAAUCUUCGUGCGCUUUUCAACAAUGGCAAUCGCUUCGCCAUCGACUCCAUCUUUCUCGGCAUCUAUCUGCUGUACUCGUACUGACUCAACUCCAGCUCGUUCACUUCGAUUCCCGCCGAUCCAAACUCGGCUUCAAUCUCGGCAAUUCACGUUGUCUUGUCGGUCCUCUGUGCCUUCAUCAAAUGAAUCCGACGGCGAUCUCCAGUACGAGAUUCAGCAUGGAGUUUCUACUGACCAUCGACGGCGCGGUUCGCUGGUGUUCGUCACUCUUCCGCUUGAUGCUCUUAAUUUCCCGGUAGGGACUAUGAAGAGGAAGAAGGCGAUGGUGCAGUCGUUUCGUGCUUUGGCGGCCGCUGGUGUUGAAGGAGUUGUGAUGGAGGUAUGGUGGGGACUGGUGGAGCGUGAAUUGCCUAGGGUUUAUAAUUGGGAAGGGUAUUUGGAGAUUGUGGUGUUGGCUAAACAUUGUGGAUUGAAAGUUCGAGCUGAAAUGGCAUUUCAUCAAUGCGGUACAGGGCCUGAUGAUCCUUUCUGGAUUCCUCUUCCUCAGUGGGUUCGUGAAGAAAUCGAUAAAGAUCCAGAUUUAGCAUAUUCAGACAGGUUUGGAAGACGGAAUAUGGAAUAUAUAUCCAUAGGAUGUGAUGUUCUUCCCGUUCUGCACGGACGAUCUCCGAUCCAAGCAUAUACUGAAUUUAUGAGGAGCUUCCGUGACACCUUCAUACCAUUUUUUGGUGGCGUCAUAACUGGUAUCCAAGUUGGAAUGGGCCCUGCUGGUGAGUUGAGAUAUCCUUCAUUCCCUUUACAGAAGACGGCUCGGACUUUGCGAUCACGUGAACUUGGUGAAUUUCAAUGCCAUGAUAAGUAUAUGCUUGCAUCUUUAAAUGCUUGUGCUGGGGAGAUAGGAAUGCGUGAGUGGGCCAAUGGUGGACCUAUUGGUGCGGGCAGUUUAAUGCAAAAUCCUGAAGGCUCAGAGUUUUUCAAAAGUGAUGGUUCUUGGAACUCACCAUAUGGAGAGUUCUUCCUUGCAUGGUACUCAGGGAUGUUGCUGCUUCAUGGUGAGAGGAUUUGUAGGGAAGCAGAGUCUAUAUUCCGUGGUCUUGAAGUUAAUUUGUCAGGGAAAGUGGCUGGGAUUCACUGGCAUUAUCGUACAGAGUCUCACCCGUCUGAGCUAACGGCUGGCUACUACAAUACAUCAAUUCGAGAUGGUUUGCUGCCAAUUGCUCGCCUGUUUGGCAGAUAUGGUUUUUCCAUGUGUUGUACAUGUUUCGAGAUGCAAGAUGCAGAAGCGCAGCAGAUGAAUCCUGACAGUAGUCCUGAAAGUUUUGUAAAACAACUUUCACUUGCCGCUAGGUUAUGUGACAUUCCUCUGCAAGGUGAAAACUGUGCAAGUAGCUUGGAUGAUGGUUCAUUUGAACAGGUGUUACGGAUGUCUAGGUUCUACUGGAAUGGUCCAGGAACUCCAACCUUCUCAUUCAAUUUUGUCAGGAUGGACAAGAACUUGUUUGAAUAUCGGAAUUGGGUUAGCUUUACUCGUUUUGUGAGACAAAUGUCAGAUGCCAAAUUUUUUCGACCCAACCUAGGCUUCGGGGAUGGUGAUAUGCCAUUUUUGUCUUUAUCAGCAUCCUCCACUGCUGGAGUGGUUCUUGCAUAGUAGGAAGAAAAACUUCAACCUGUAGUCAUUUCCUAAUGGUAGUUGCGUAUUCUCACCCACAACAAGUCAAGGGUGUGCAUAUCUGUUGAAUCUUCUGAUCUGUUAUUGUGAAUUGCAAAGCAAAAGCUUGGUCUUUUUCGCGUAAAUUUUUUGUCCUUGUACUGAAAUGGUUCACUAUGAGGUUGAAAAUGAGUAUUUCCUUUGUGUCAUAA